GUGUGACGGCGUUGUGUCGCGUGUGCUCCCUGUGCGGGCCGGGACCAAGCCGCUGGACCACUCCAUCACGACGUUUCACAACGUGAGGCUUCAGCCCGAAGCGCUUCUGGGAUCGGCGUCGCGAGGUGACAACGAGCGAGAGGAGUUUCUUGCCCACAUCUGGAGGGUAUCCGUCGGCACGCUCUCACUCUCCAUCAUGGGGGUGUCUGCCAUCCGAGUUGCGGGCUGCAUCGCCGCCCUGUACAGCCAGCGUCGUCUGGUCGGAGAUAGGAACAGACUGCCCAUCAUGCAGUUCAGCACACAGCAGAGACCGAUCCUGGAAGCCCUGGCGCACGGGGAAGUCUUGCAUGCAUAUGCCAAGUGGAGCGUUGGCGAGUUCACCAACCACAAUCACAACGCAGACGUCCGCCGAGGGAUCGCUACCGUCUUCAAAGUCUUGGUUGUGCGAUCGUCUCGUUUACUUCACGAGCUGGCGGAGCGAUGUGGCUGGCAGGGCCUGUACGCGCACAAUCAGAUAAGCGAACUCGCAUCAACCUUCCAGGGGAACUCCGUGGCCGAGGGUGACACUCUUGUUAUAAGCAUUCGAUCUCUUGCCAUGUAUGAAGCCGGGAUGAUCGAAGAGGUUGCGAGAGACAAAAACCUCGCACUCGGCGCAUCCGGCAGCUUGAGGGGCACGGCCUAUAAUAACAGCGUUCUCCCUCGAUGCAGAGCGAUGGUGGAGGCCAUUGGACAGCGCAUGGCCUACGAGGCAGCUCAGGCGCAAGGCAACAUCGCGCCCGAGGUGCUCGAUGUGUUUGAAAAGUCUUGCAUUCAGAAGGAUCCGUCCUGGUUUGUCGAAAACGACUACGGCACUCGAUCUGCGUUGCGGGACGACGAGAACAGGGCAUACUCCAACUUGCUGCCCCUCUUGCCCACGCUGAUGGAAAGGGCCAAUGCUAAAGACUACAUCACGGCGCCGUUGGUUGAAGAGGGAGACAUGGAAGACUUCAUCAAGACCCUGCCGGCUUUUGGGGCUCGUACGGACGACGUGGUAGCAGAGCGGGCCCCAAAGUCCAGACUUUGA